GGCUCUCUGUUGCAUUAGGGUACCACUAACGGACGGACACGUACUUGUUUUCGUUUUCAAACAAAUCCUUCUCCGUUUAGCUAUAUUUGUUGUUACUGUUGUCUAAACUUUUUUUUGUUUUUUUGGUUUCAAUUAGUAACGUUAUGUAUAUAGUAAUAUGUUGAUAUAUUAACGUAACUAACGUUAGCCAAACAAUGUUAGUGUUUGUGAUACGGGAUUACGUUAGCUAGCUAGCAUUUUUAGGUAUGGCUUUUGAGUAUUUUUUAGCUAACGUUACCUUUAGCUAGAUAGCUAAUAUACUAGUCACUCAAUAAUACGCGUCUGCUAGCUGUUGUUAACUGCAUUAGAUACUUCUAAUAUGUUCAAGCUUUGUGUUGACACGUCGAAAAACGCAACACUGUAUAUGUCAGCUAAAUUUUAGCUUGGUCUUAACUGACCUCAAAUAAGGUGACGAUAGCGGACACGCGCUCACCCAAUACUCAUCUAACGUUAGCGGGUGAAAGGUUCAACGGUAGCUAGCUACACGCCAACGUUAGAUGAGUAACGUUACAAAAUCAUUUUGGCUAUAUUAAGCAACGUAGGAAAGGGACGUUUGAGUUGCCAGCCAGUGUAGCUGCUGCUUUGGCGAAGUCAGGCAUGACUUGAAGUGAAGCAUUGCUCAGGUGAAUCCUAUCAAGUUCAUAGUGGUAACAAGGUAAUUAUCUUCAGUGAGAUAUUCGGUCUUGUUUACUUGCAAAAUGCCUGGCCUCAUGGUGUUCGGUCGGCGGUGGGGGAUCGCCAGUGACGACCUUGUUUUCCCCGGUUCCUUUGAACUGUUCGUCCGUGUGCUUUGGUGGAUUGGCACCAUGGUCCUCUUCAUUCAUCACAAGGGGCAUUUUGAUUGUAAUGGGAGAGCAGUUCUUCACAGCUAUCUGGUUGGACUGUUGGUUGUGCUGGCGCUCAUCAUCCUGUCACUUUGUGCCAUUGUUUACGUCAGUUCCCAAGGAACUAUUACAAACCCCGGCCCACGGCGUUCUAUCCCUGCGCUGGUGUACCUGCGAGCUAUGCUGUACAUCCCUGAGCUGGUGUGGGCCUGUCUGGGAGCUGUCUGGGUGUCUGAGGACAGCAAAGGCUGCGAUCCCGCCACCGUGGGUGCUGUCAUCGCAGCAGUGGUUGCCAGCUGGAUCAUCCUGCUGUUCACUGGGUUGGGCGUGGUAUUUGUGUUUGACCCAAUGGGGAACCCCCGUCCUCCGCCUGCUGCCAUGGAGCCAAUUGGAGUAAGAGACAUGGAGAGCAACGAGGGCACCCAGUUCUUCUCCACAGCUCGCUCACUGGCUGUCAAGGUGUGGGAAAACAGGCUGCGGCUCCUGUGCUGUUGUCUGCCGCAGGACGAAAGCCACCGAGCAGCGUUCUCCAGCAUCGCACAGCUCGUCGGUGGAUUCUUUUCUGACACAGACCUGGUCCCCAGUGACAUAGCAGCUGGUUUGGCUCUGCUGCACCAGGAGCAGGAUAAAAUGGAGCAAAGUAGAGACCCAGAUGUCGUGGUCGAUCACAGCCCUUCCUCUCCCAUUGGAGAAGAUUUGGAGACGGAGUUGGAGAAAGCAGCUCACUGUAUGCGAUUUGCUGCUGCCGCCUAUGGCUGGCCACUGUACGUUUACUCCAACCUCCUAACUGGGCCCUGCAAACUCAGUGGAGACUGCUGUAGAGGUCGCGCAGCCGAGUAUGAAAUCGUCGGAGGCGACCACCUGGGCUGUCAUUUUUCAUCCAUCCUGCACAGCACUGGUUUGCAGUACAGAGACUUCAUCUACGUCAGCUUCCACAACCAGAUCUAUGAGAUCCCCUUCUACGUGGCUCUGGAUCAUAAGAGAGAGGCUGUUCUCGUGGCUGUCAGAGGGACACUGUCACUGAGGGAUGUCCUAACAGACCUGUCUGCUGAAUGUGAGAACCUGCCUAUAGAAGGAGUGUCUGGAGCCUGCUACGCUCACAAGGGCAUGUGCCAGGCGGCAGGUUACAUCUACAAGAAGCUGGUCGAUGAUGGCAUCCUUAACCAGGCGUUCUCCAUUGCACCGGAGUAUAAACUGGUCAUCACAGGUCACAGUCUGGGGGCAGGCACAGCAUCACUGCUAGCUAUCCUCUUGCGCAAUUCCUUCCCCACCCUGCAGUGCUACUCCUUCUCUCCGCCAGGGGGGCUCCUGAGUAAAGCUUUAGCUGAUUACUCCAAGGACUUUGUGGUCUCGGUUGUGCUGGGAAAGGACUUGGUUCCCAGAUUGAGCAUUCCCAAUAUGGAGGAUCUGAAGAGAAGGAUUCUUAAAAUAGUUUCAAACUGCAAUAAGCCCAAGUACCGCAUCCUGCUGCAGGGAUGUUGGUACGAGCUCUUCGGAGGAGACCCUGAUGACUUCCCCACCGAGAUGGACAACAGGAGGGAGGAGGAGCUUAGCCAGCCCCUGUUGGGGGAGGAGUCACUGAUGAUUCGCCACUCAUCAUCCUAUCAGAGCCUGGCGUCCGAUGACUCACCUGCCCAUACCGCGGCCCAUUUACCUCUCUUCUUGCCCGGACGAAUUCUGCAUAUCACAGAAGAUGGGCCGUCAAGGAGAUCCUGUUUUUCCCAGGUCCGGUACCGUGCAGACUGGUCCAAUGAAAUGGCGUUCAGGAGUGUUUUGAUCAGUCCCAGGAUGCUUGCAGAUCACAUGCCUGACGCUGUCCUCCGAGCACUCAACAGUCUGACCAGAGACAAGCCCUUCUCCCUCUGCCCGUCCUCUUUGAACAGCCAGCACAAUACUAUCUGAAUGUGAUAUAGAGACUAACUCCGUCUCUGCUCCCAGGCUCUACAGUAUUUUAAACCCACCGGUUUGUAUGUCUGAUUUUUCUCCACACCUGAUCCAGGACUGUUUCAAAUCCGUCAUGCUCUUCAUCUGCAUCUUGUUUGCAGGCCCGAUCCUAAAGCCCCUUUUCUAUAGAAGACAUUUGGAAACUGGAUUGCAAUGGAAUACAUGAAACCAUAGAGACAUUGUGAGCUCAAUGGAUAAACUUUAAACCAGUUAAAAUGUUGGGGCAUAAGUAC